AUGGUGCGCCAGGCGGAAGGGCACGUAGCGAUACUCGGGAUGGCCGUGUUGGUGGGCGCCUAUCUCCUGCUCACCGCGCCGCCGGAGGGUCAGCCACGCUCCUCUUCCUCCGCGCUCUUCAUCAGAAAUGCGAAGAUUUGGUCAGGGGAAGAUGAAUCGAAUGAUGAAGCGGAUUCGAUCUUGGUGAUCGACGAUUUGAUCGUCGCCGUAGGUCUCGAAUCAUCUCCGGACAUGCAGCGGCACCUCCGACAGCACUUCGGCACACUCCAAGAGCUUGAUGGAGAGGGGCGAAUGCUGGUGGUGCCCGGCUUCAUCGACAGCCACGUCCAUUUCCUGAUCAGCGGCUGCGGUCUCGCGUCGGUGCACCUCCGCGACGUGGCAUCAAAGGCCAGCUUCAUCGACCGCAUCGCCCAGCACGCCCGCACGCGGCCCUCGGGCGCCUGGAUCCGCGAGGGUGAUUGGGAUCACGAGAAGUGGGGCGGUGAGCUGCCCACGCACGAGUGGAUCGACGACGUGACGCCCGACCACUUCGUGUUCGUAUGCCGGCUCGACGGCCACAUGUGUCUCGCCAACGCGAAGGCCCUGGCCGCCGCGAACAUCACCAAGGACUCGCCCGAGGUCGCGGGCGGCACCAUCACCAGGGACCCCGUAACGGGCGAAACGACGGGCAUUCUCAAGGACCGAGCCAUGGAGCUGGUGUGGGCGGUCAUCCCGAAGCCUUCCGAUGAGGAAGAAGACGCCUGUUUGGAGGCGGCCAUGUCGCAUGUGCUCAAGCAUGGCGUGACAUCAAUCCACCACAUGGCGUACACAUGGAACGACAUUGCCGUGUUCAAAAGGGCGUGGGAGAGGAAGAAGCUGCGCACGCGGAUCUACGCCGCCGUGCCCCUUUCCUCGUGGGAGCAGCUGGCCGAAGAGAAGCAGCGACUCGGGAUUCCGGUGGAGCAGCGAACGUGGGGAGAUGACUGGUUCCGCAUGGGCAACCUCAAGGCAUUCGUGGACGGUUCGCUGGGUUCUCAUACGGCCUACAUGUUUGAGCCCUUCGCUGACACACCCGACCAGGAUACGAGCCUGAUGCUGGCUACCGAGGAGGAGCUGAGCGCCUGGACGCUGGGCGCUGACAAGGCGGGGCUGCACCUCUCCAUCCACGCGAUCGGAGACAAGGCCAACCACCUCCUGCUCGAUGCCUACGAGCGGCUCAUCCAAAUCAACGGCCAGAAGGACCGUCGCGUGCGCAUCGAGCACGCCCAGCACCUGAGGGAGGAGGACCAGUUGCGCCUGGCCAAGAUGGGCGUGAUUGCGUCCAUGCAGCCCUACCACGUCAGUGACGACGGCCGGUGGGCCGACCGAGUGCUCGGCCCCAAGAGGACCAAGGAGGCUUGGCCGUUCCGCUCGCUCAUGGACAAGAACGUCACCCUCGCCUUCGGUAGCGAUUGGUUCGUGGCACCGCCCGUGCCCGUGCUGGGCAUCGGCGCCGCUGCCACGCGACUCACCCUCCAGCAGAUCGAAGACCUCGACAUCCACCAGCAGCGACAGCACGCAUCGGACGGAUGGGUGCCCGAGCAGAAGAUAACCGUGCGAGAAGCCCUCCGCGCCUACACUGUUCACGGUGCGUACGCUUCGUUCGAGGAGGACAAGAAAGGCCGCAUUCGCCCGGGCAUGCUGGCCGACUUGGUGCUGCUCGACCGCGACAUCACCCAGGCCGACACCAAGCCUCAUGGGUCGAUGCAGCCGCGCGACGCGGCCCGCCAUAUCUGGAACACUCGCGUGGAGGCCACCAUCGUCGGCGGCCGCCUUCUCUACCAGAAGUCCCAACCGUGA